CUAUACCCGCGGGUUGCAACUUGCCCGCGGGUCACAAAAACUGUUUUAGUAUCCACUCUAACACGUGCACAGGACGUCGGGCUCCAACUCAACUCUCGCGGUGUCUGCCACAGUAUUUGGACCGUCUGCCACUAGACAGCAUGGAGUCCCACCAGAGUUUGAAGUUCGCCUUAGCAGCCUUCAAGUCCCCAAGGAUCAAAAGGAAGUACCUACGCAAGUACUCGUGGCUCCCCGAUGUAUUGCGAUUAAAAGGCAGCAUCAUCGGUCGUAUAAUUGGUCCAGUUUUGACUGUCACCAUAUUUGCUGCGUUGGUUGCCUAUGCGUGGUCCAAAGGGAAGAGAGUGGUCUUGACAAAUUCGGUCGUGCCACUGUUGUCUGUGGUGGUUGGUUUGAUUCUCGUAUUCAGAAAUGGCACUUCAUACGACCGUUUCUGGGAAGGUCGAAAGUGCUUCUCGUCCAUCACGUCUAAUGUCCGCAACUUGUCUCGUAUGAUAUGGAUUCAUGUCUCGCUACCUCCUGAUGAAGAUCAUCCCGCUCACGUUCUUGGAAAAACACCAACGUCUGCGCUUACCACCGCUCAACUCAAGCGUCAGAAGAUAGAAGUUUUGCAGUUUUGCGUCGCUUUUGCAUGUGCUGUCAAGCACUACCUCCGCAAUGAAGAUGGGCCUGAUUACGAUGAUUAUACUGGCAUUCUUCCCGCAUCUUUCACGCGAAUCCACGACCUUGGUUAUACCACAGCUCAAGGCAGAUCCUCUCCUAAGUCUUAUGAUGCGACUUCAUCAGCUUCGGAUAGUGCACACAACAACACCAAUGCCACUAAGAGAGUUCGUCGGAAGCGCAGCAAGAAAACACUUGUUGGCCAUGCCACCACGUCAGCUUCAACUACCCCGCUGCUUUCGAAUUCUCAUCAAACUGUUGAGUUUCACCCCUACGCUGAUCGAAUGUCUAUCCCAUUUCCCCUCCUUAUCGCUCAUGAGCUGUCUAGUGCCAUCUUCAGGUUUAAGCGGGAAGGUUUGCUUGAAACUGUUGGUCCGGCAGGUAUGAAUGCCAUGAGUGGGUUGGUGCAGUCAAUGGUUGACCAAAUGACUUCGAUGGAGAGGGUGGCGAAUACCCCUAUACCCGCGCCUUAUGGAAUCCAUUUAAAGCAAUGUGUAACUUUAUACCUGUUUGCCCUGCCAUUGACCCUCAUCAAUGACCUCGGCUGGAGCACAAUUCCCAUCGUUACUGUAGUUGCCUUUACAUUAAUGGGCAUCGAGGGUAUCGCAGAUGAGAUCGAGAUGCCUUUUGGAUAUGACGCGCAUGACUUGCCUCUUGACACUUACUGUAACGACUUGAGAGAGGAGAUUGAGUUUAUGAUCGAAAGGCUUCCGGAGGGUGGACACGGCGCACAUGGUUAUGACGACGGAGAGGGCGACGACUAAACAUCUCGAGUGAUUUUGAACACUGAUAGGACUUCACA